UUGGCUCCAUCAUAUGAGUGGACGCACCAGGCUAUCUCACAAAGUUAGUGGCUCACAGAACAGUUACAGCCUCCAGAACCAUGGGAACCAGCCUGCGCAGUCGGUCCUUUCGAGAACCCCGGUCCUGCUACGGGAAGCUCCGUGAGUCUCAGGGGAGGCCCCUGGAGGGCCGACUCCACAGGGCACUGAGCCUCAGACAGUCCAGGUCUCAGGGCCUUGCUGGCACAGAAGGGCCCGAGGUCCCUGUUCAGGACCGGCUGCCAGGGACCCGGGGAGACACGGAGCAGCUGAUCCAAACCCAGAGAGGAGGCAGCCAGUGGUGGUUGAGGCAAUACCAACAGCUGAGGAGAAAGUGGAAGAGCUUUGUCGCCAGCAUCCCCAGUGUGACCCUGCAUCGGCCAGCCUCCCCAGAGACCUCAUUGGACACCGACAGCUUAGAACUGCUGUGAUUGCCCCUUGCUCCGCCAGCUGGACUCCUGCGUCUCCCGUCUCCCCAUCUGCUUCUUCAUGACUUUUCUGUACUCUGAACUCUUCCAGCCUUUGUCAUGUGACCCGUGGAGGCCUCUGUCAUUAGGUCAUUCAAAGCCCUGUGUGGCUGCCCUUCUUGGUUCAGGCAGCUAGCUCUUAGCAUGGACCUCCAUAGGCCUGAGGAGAAGGCACUUAGCCCCCUGCCUUCUGGACUGGCAUGUAUGAAGGUCUUAGGGACCUAUGCAGAAAUGAGAGUGUCAACAACACUCUUGACCCCACACAGACCAGCCGUUUCUAGGACAGUGUUCAGUGAAGCCAAAGCCAAACACGGCUGAGAAUUUCUUGAAUAUCGCCUGGUCACAGGGCCAAGCUCUACCUUGGGUCUCCCUCACAGACAGCGAGCCUUCAAAGGCGAGGACCGCGUCUGGACUUCCUCACUCUGGGUGCUAUGCCUGAGAAGCCCAGUCAUGCGCAUUGCCUCUUUAGACCUCAUUACAUCCUGAUGAAGGAAGCAGGGAAGUCCUUCCUCCCUGUGUGACAGAGGGAAACAGAGGCCCAGGGAGGGAAAGAGACCCUUCUGCCUCCACACACACCCAGUACCUGGCACUGGGGUUGAACACAUUAAUAAAACCACUGACUUGAAGGAAA